GCCCAUGUCGGCCGAACCGUCCUCCCGCUAAUUUCCAGCGAGCGCCGCUUAAUCCUCGAAUCGCACAAUUACGACUCUCUGAGCUAGGAUGUGGAGAUGCACAUGAGAUCACUAGGCUUCUGACGAUCUAGUGGAAGAAUGGGUUGCCGUGGGGGCUCAGAUCUGCGACGAGUUCCAUCACAUUUUGAGUUUUUCGGUGCGAAAUGGGGCGUGUUGGAAUAGGAAUGUGGGCACCAGUUUUUUUUUUUGAGGUGAAUUCGAGCUGUGGUGGAGGAUCAUGGAGCGGUCGAAGGCUUGAAGGGUGGGAGAGAUCGGGUGGUCAUGGAGCCCAAGGAGAUUGGGGUGGUGAUGACGAGAGCCAGUGAGCUCCACAGCAGCAUUUGCGAUGCCAUAGACAGAGUGACACAGUCACGGAUUUUCGGUGGUGGGUCGCUUCGUAGCUUCGGAGAGGAAGAGGUAAUUGUGCCGGAAUGUUCGAGUGUGGAGAAAGCGCACAGCUUGGCGGGUAUUCGAAUGGCCAUGGAGGCGCUGGAAACGCAGCUGAAGUCGCUUCAGAUGGGUGCAAUCUGCAGUGCCGAUAUCUUUAUCUUUUAGGUCUUCAACUCUGGUAAUGGAAUAGAAGCAUUUUGUGAGAAAGUCAGUCGACGUAGUUCAGUCUAGGCCUGACAGUGCCCAUUCAUCAUGCAUUUGGGUACGGUUCUGGUUGUGGCUUACAAUGUCAGUUGGAUAAUCCUUACCCUGGUGCAUUUUGUAAUGUUUCAGUUAGCAUUUGUGUAGCUUUAUCGCAGCACAGGGAUAAUUAGGUCACAUUUGUAGAACAUAGGUAUUUUUCUUAUCUGUCAAUGCUUCAGUCUGUGCAGCAGCAAUAGCGGAUUCGCAAGGAUGCAGCCUUGGCAAAGCUGGAAGAAAGCAGAAGACUCUUGUUGCUGCGGCUGAGACAGCACAAUGGGCAGGAACUGGAGUUGGUGCAGGAAGCCAUGGCAUUUGUAGAGGGGCCAGUGAAGAAGGCCAACGAUGUCCCCCAAACGCACCACAUUCACCCUGUCUUCCCCUCCAUCCACAGCGGCUCUCCUGUACUCACAGCAUCCAAGGGGCACAAAUUCAAACCCAGUCCUGCUAAGAAGCUGGAGGAUCGACCCUCUUUCAAUGACAGUCACUUCCUGGCGGACGAUCUGUCACCUCAUUCGCAAGCUGUGAACUGUAAGAUUCGUUCAGAUGAAGGCAGAAAUCCUAUGUCUGGCAGACUCUCCAAGGUGUUCUCCCGCAUGCUCAGCUUCACUGGAAAGACAUUAUCAGUGGUGGCGUCUGUUGCAGCAUUUCUGGUGGUCUCUGAAUUGAAUCUCAAGUCCAAGAAUGUUUCAAUGCGAGGACCUUCACAAACAUCACCACAGCCAGUGCCAGUGCCAGUGCCAGAGCCCAAGCUGGAGGAGAAGCUAGACUUGAAGCCAAUUCUUGAGCAUCCAGUGGGUUACAAGCGCAUUGAAGAUGAUGACACGGUCAAAUGCAUAGUUAACGAGCGUGUUGAGCUUCUGUUUCCUCUGGGAGUUGGUACUCGCGAUAUUUUGUAUGGUCGCGGGUGACAUGUCUUACAAUGUCGACCUCAGCAGCAACUUCUUCAGUAUAGCACUUCCAAUCAUUUUUUAACAUUAAAAAAAUAAUAAGUAAUUGCUACUUCGCCAAUUUGAAACUGCCUCCGCAGUUGAAAACAAUUGGGCAGCACUAGAUGAUUAAGAUAUAAUCAGUUUAUCUGGUAACGGAGGUUAGUCUUUCGCAAGAGGAUAACGCAGUCUAAUUUGUGAAAGCCUCACAGCUUUUCAGAUCGGCUGUCCUUCUAGCCGCUACUUUUAGUCAUGACCCAAUGAAUACUCCAUUUUCAAACUAAUCUGCCAAAAGUCCUGUCAUAAGACAACAAAUAAGGACGGGAAAGGAGAAAAAGUAAGCUCUUGCAAACACAGCAUGCAGUUGCGAGUCAAUUUUACAUGUAGAGCAAUCAUCUAAGAGAUAUUGGAAGAAACAAUGAAUGCGGAAUAUGGAUAAGUUAUUUUUUUAUGAA